CAUGGACUUACAGUAGGAUGUGACUCGGUGGCGCGAUGUAUCUGCAAUUUGAUUAUGUAGUUUCAUAGGCAGAUAGGAACACUGUUCACUGCCGCGUUCUCCAGCUCCAAGAGGACAGUUAUAUGCAACAUUAUCAAACGCGGGACACCACAUUUCUAGGAUAUUUCAUAACUCAUUACAAAAUGCUGAAGGAAGCAGAAACUAUAAAUCAUCCCUAUUGGCCACGCAACCUGUCUAUUCCCAACUAUGUGGCUAAUGACCGCUCAAUGUCAGAGAUUCUCAUAUUCCUGUUCUCUGUGUCUGGGAUACUGCUGCUUGCCACCUGGUCAUUGACUGGGCGUAAAGUGUCUGGGAGCCGACUUAGUGGAUGGAGAAGGUUAGCUCUGUGCUGGUUCACUGUGUGUGGCUUCAUCCACGGGGUCAUUGAGGGAUGGUUCUCUUUAUACUACACUAUCAUUCCUGAAGAUCAGAGCUUCCUUUCUCAACUGUGGAAAGAAUAUUCCAAAGGAGACAGCAGAUAUGCAAUAGCGGAUAAUUUCACCGUUAGUAUGGAGACAGUGACCGCGUGCCUGUGGGGUCCCUUCAGCAUAUGGAUUGUUCUGGCCUUCCUUUAUAAUCGUCCUUAUAGAUUUGUCCUGCAGCUCAUCGUAUCUCUAGGUCAGCUGUAUGGUGCAGUCCUCUACUUCUUCACUGAGCACAGAGAUGGAUACAUUCACAGCGAAUAUGGUCAUCCCAUCUAUUUUUGGUUCUACUUUGUGUUUAUGAAUAUUUUGUGGAUUGUUAUCCCUUUCAUUCUUAUAGUAGACUCGUGGUGUCAGCUAUCUACCUGUCAAUCCAUGUUUGAUAAAUCAGCACCGAAAGGGAAGUCUAAAAAAAACUAGACCAGUAGAAAAUAGAAGGAAUAUGGAAAAGAAAAGGACCAAAAUUCUGUACACAAUUCUUGAUAACAUAUACAAUAUGUUUAGAUAUAUUUUAAUAAUGUAAUUUUGAUAAUGAAUCUGUGAUUUGCUCAUGGAAGAAAAUGGAAAAAGCCUGAAGUGUAAUCUGUGAGAUCUUCAUUACAUUAAUGAAAAUGUGUUGAUUAAAUGCCCAUAAUACUGCUCCAGCAGGGUUGCAUCAUAUUUAUCCCUGUUUUUAUGGUACUGUUGCACUAUAUUUUCUCUGCUCAGGAUCUGCCUUUCUUUAUGUUCUGUUGCUAAUGAAUAAGUAAAUUGUUAUCAAUUGAUAACAUCUGAGAUUUUGAUCCAACAUGAUCCAAUUCUGCUCAUUUCAUUGUCAUCUGGCUGUUCACUUUUCAAGAGCCACAUACAAUGAGAGUGGGAGCCUAAAAUAAGGGGCACAGCUUUUUAUUAUUCUACAAUGGACAAUUUAAUCUUCUUAGAAUAUGUGCAUUUGUUUUUAAAAUAAAAGCCACUUCACCAAA